AAAAAGAAUAAAUAAAAAAAGACGACUACUUUGAACUGUGAUAGAAUAGAAGUAGAGGAACCUUGAGUCUGAAAUUGAACUCGAAAUUCGAACCCGUAGUCUCCAAGCAAACUAAACCAUGGAUCCUCAUCACUGGCACAAAAUAGCUGCCAUUUCUGGUGCGGCGGCUGUUGGGUUAGGGGCUUAUGGUGCCCACGCCUUCAAACCCCAAAAUGCUGCUUACAAAGAGGUUUGGCAUACUGCGUCUCUUUACCACUUGGUUCACACAGCUGCUUUGCUUGCUGCUCCAAUCACUAAACGACCCCACGUUUUUGGAGGCCUUGUGAGUGCUGGUCUCGUGGCAUUCUCUGGGACGUGUUAUGUCGUGGCACUUCUUGAGGACCGGAAGUAUUCUACCUUGGCUCCAUUUGGUGGGUUUGCUUUCAUGGCUGCUUGGGCUAGCUUGCUUUUCUAAUGCUGCUUAACUUCAAUGAAAGCUUGACGUUAUCGAUAUGCAGUCACACAGUCACGCAUCUUCGGUAUGAACUGUAAACAACUUUCAAUCUCUUGGUUUUUCCCUUCAUCUUUCCACUGACUUUUACCAAAUACACCCCCAUUUACGUGUGAAUAGUUGAUUUUGUAAGCAUCAACUUAUUAAUUUCUCUCAGCACUUUAAUGUUUCGUAUAACACUGUUAAAAACAUUAUGCUAUACAAAGUACACUGUCAUAAAAACUCAGUUUAUGGUUCAAACAAACCAGUCUGAAUAAAAAAACUUGAGCACAUUAAAUCAUGUAAUUUACAUGAUUA